AUGACGAACCACGCCGCCUUCGCUGCCGAGGACGCGGUCACCGCCGUGCCGCCGCCGGCGCAGGUGGGUCGCCAUUUCUCAGCGUUUCCGCCGCGGAGGGCGCGGGACUGCAGGAAGGCCGCCCUGGGCCGCAUGGACCUGGCCGCCUCCGGGGUGCUCCUGGCCGGGUCCCUGCUGGACUCCAUGAAGGCCUCCUCGCCGCGCCAUGCCAAGUUCGCCGCCGGCGCCGACCACGAGGACUGGAUGGAGAAGCACCCUUCGGCAUUAGAGCAGUUAGAGGACGUGCUGGCGGCGGCGGAGGGGAAGGAGAUCGUGAUGUUCCUGGACUACGACGGCACACUGUCGCCGAUCGUGGAUGACCCCGACAGCGCCGUCAUGACCGAAGACAUGAGGGACGCGGUGAGGAGCGUGGCCCAGCAUUUCCCGACCGCCAUCGUGAGUGGGAGAGGUAGAGACAAGGUGCUUAAUUUUGUGAAGCUGGAGGAGCUGUACUACGCCGGGAGCCAUGGCAUGGACAUCAAGGGCCCCACCACAGUAUCCAACCACAAGGCAAAGGCUGACGAAGUUCUAUGCCAGCCGGCGACGGAGUUCUUGCCUGUCAUUCAGGAGGUGUAUGAGACACUGACGGCCAAGAUGGAAUCCAUCCCAGGCGCCAUGGUGGAGAACAACAAGUUCUGCCUCUCCGUUCACUUCCGCUGUGUCCACGAGGAGGAAUGGGAUGAUCUGGGCGAGCAGGUGAGGGCGGUGCUUGAGGGCUACCCGGACCUCCGCCUCACCAAGGGGAGGAAGGUCCUGGAGAUCCGGCCCUCCAUCAAGUGGGACAAGGGAAACGCCCUCGAGUUCUUGCUCGAGUCUCUUGGCUAUGCCGGGCGUGACGAUGUUUUUCCAAUAUACAUCGGAGAUGACCGCACCGACGAGGAUGCGUUCAAGGUGCUGCGCAACAUGGGACAGGGUAUCGGGAUCCUUGUGACCAAGUUUCCAAAGGAGACCACUGCAUCCUACUCUCUGCGUGAGCCUGCUGAGGUGAAAGACUUCCUGCGUAAGCUGGUGAAGAGCAACGGGACAAAGGGAUAAUUCAUGCAUCAUCAACCAUCU